AUGGAAAAUUUUUUUACAAAAAGAGUUAAAGAUGUAUUUUCAUUGAUUAAAUUAGGAGAUAAUAAAGAACAAAUUUUAAGCACAACCGAAAAUACUGUUAGUGAUAAAAAUAAGGAUACAAAUUUAACUGAAAUUUCAGCAUGUGGAAAAAAUGAAGAAACUAAUAAUAACAAUACAAUUAUUAGCUCUAAAAAUGAAUUUGAAAAUCCAAAGAAAAAAGAUCAUGUUUUAGAAGAAAAUAAAGAAGAUCAAAAUUUACAUAAAAAAAGAAAAUUAACAAAAUUGCAUCAUAAAGAAAAUACAAAUCGUAUUGAUAAUUAUAUCGAUAUAAAAAGGGCUAAUGAUGAUGUUACAAGUUCAACUAUUUUAAAAAGUUCAUUAAAAAAUGAAUCAACAUCUUUAGACAACGAUGCAAUAACUCAGACACCUGCAAUUGUCUCACCUACUAUGGGCACACCAAGUAUAUGUAAAUUUUUAGUAAUUAAAAAAAAUAAUACUGAAAAUGUUGAUAACAAAAAAGAGAUUACAAAAAAUGACAAAGUUAAUAAUUCAGAAGAAACUGUUGAUAUAAAAAUAGUAGACAUAACACCUGGUACAUCUGGAAUAGGAAAUGAAAAAAAAAAAAAAAAUAAAAUAAAUUCUAUUGAUAAAAGUUUAGACGAAAAAGAAAAUACAUCAAGAAAACGAAAAUCUAACAAUGCAAUAAAUAAUGAAAAAGACAAUAAUAAUAUAAUAAAAAAUAACAUAAAUAAUAAAAAAGUAAAUAGAAUUGAUGAAAUGUUUAAAAAUCUAAUUAUGGAACAAAAUGAAAAAAAAGAAAAAUUAGCUCAAGCACAAAAUAAUCUUCAAACAGUCACACCAAAUGAUGAUAAAAUUGUUAAUACCAUUGAAGAAAAACAAAAAAAUAAUGACAAUAUAAAUAGUACUACUUUAGAUGACGGAAACAAUGCCCCUCAUACUAAAAUUGAAACAGUUGAAAAUGGUGAAAAUGGUGAAACAGUUGAAACAGUUGAAAAUGGUGAAAAUGGUGAAACAGUUGAAACAGUUGAAAAUGGUGAAACAGUUGAAACAGUUGAAAAUGUUGAAAAUGGUGAAAAUGCUGAAAAGCGAGUAAAUGAACAAAUUGAUGAACAUAAAAUUGUAAGCAUUUUAGAAAACAGCCAAAUGGACGUUGAUAAUUGUAUAAAGAGUUUGUCACCUAUUAAGGAAGACAGUGCUACAAUAUCAUUUUCAACGGUCCAAAAUGAAAAAGAUGUCAAAAAUAAAAGGGAAGUUAUAAAUAUGUAUGAUGAUAUAAAAGAAGGGGAAAAUAAUAUUGAUAUUUUAAAACUUCCCAACGAAAUAAAUAAAGAAUGUUUUGAAAAUAAUGUUGAAGAAAGUGCCAUAAAAGAAGUUGAAAAUAUGAUAAACACUGAAAGUUUAAAAUUCCCUGAUUUUGCAAUAGAUCAAAGUAAGAAACUAAUUGAUGAAACAAACAAAUUUUUUAAUAUGUACAACUUGAUGCUUAAAAUUGAACGUCUACCAAUAAAUCUAUCUACUGAUAUGAAAAUAUUAAUUGAGAAAAAAAAAUGUAUAUCCACUUUAAUUAAAGAAUAUAAAGAUGAAUUAAAGCAGAGGCAAAAUUAUGAAAGCCAACAAAAUCUUGAUGAAAUUGAAACAAAUAAAGAGAAAAAUGAAAAUCCCAAUUCAAGUGACAUAAUAAAUGAACAAAAAUUAUCUUCAGAACUAUGCAGUGAAAAUAAUAAUAUAGAUGAAAACAAUUUAGACGCAAAACAAGGUGAGGCUAUCAAUGACAAUAAUGAGACACAUAAUAUAGAAGAUGGAGAAAAUAAUAUUUCAACUGUCAAUAAAGCUAAAGGAAAUAACAAUAAUAAGGAUUCGAAGAAAAAGAAUGUGCCAAAAAAAACAUCAAGCAAAGCAGAACAAAUAUAUGGUUAUGAUGACUUGUCAUAUUUAAAUGAUACAGAUAAGGAACAUGUUGAAAAGGAACAUCAAAAUUUUUUAAAUAUGUUAAAUCAAAUUAACAAAAACAAAUCAAAUGAUAAAAAUGAAAUGAACAAACCAGAAUUAGAAAACACUUCUAACCAUAUUAACGGAGAUAAUAAUAUAACUUUCGAAAAUAAAGAAGAAUAUUUAAAAAAUUUGAUCAAAGAACUAGCCAGUAACAAUGAUGAAAAAGAAAAUUAUAUGAAAUGCAAAGAAAUAGAUAAUGAAGAAUUACGAUUUGAAAAAUUAAAAGAAUUAAUUAUAGAUAUGAAAAUAAAAGAAAAAAAAAUAGAUGUAAUUUUAUCGAGUAAUGAAAAUGUUUUUAAAUAUUUUAAUCUAUAUAGACAACGUUUUUUUUUACAUGAAAAAAUGUUAAUGAAUUGGAGUUAUGUUGAAAAUUCGAUAAAUAAAAAAAAUGAUGUUAGAAAUAGAAAUUUACCAUUUCAAUUAUUAGAAUUAGAUAAUACCUUAUUAGAAAAUGUACAAAAUUGUUAUGAUGAUAUUUUGUUAGAUAAUUUCUCAGGUAUUAUGUUAACAUUAAAUACUAAAUCAUUUGAAACAAAUGCUGAUGAUAAUUCUAUUUAUUUAUCUAAAAUUAUUUGUGGAUGUUUAAUCGAAUAUAUAGAUCAAUCUGAGUUAAAUAUAAAAUGUAUAUGGGCCCAUCCCUUACUUAAUGCUAAAUCUACAUAUUCUAUUUUAUCUGCAUUUUUACCUCGGGUCAUUUUAGAGGCAUUCCUUAAUAAACCUACAUCUGUCACUACUUUGGAUAAGACUACUAGCAUAUUGGGUUCUGAAAAUAAUCAAAUUAAGAAAACAGAAAUUAUAAAUGAUAAAAAUAAUAUUGAAGAUAAUAUGAUAGAAGAAAGAAAAGAAAAACGAAAAAAUAGUUUUUACAACAGAUUGAACAAACUCAAAGAUUCCAAAAAUAAUGCCAACACCGCAAUUGAUUCUAUAAAUAAUGAGCAAACUCGACAUUUAAAAAAGUUUGCUUUAUAUGAAUAUCCGGCAAUGUAUUAUUUAAACUUUAACAAAAACUGUGCAUUAAUGAUAAAUAACUUUUCAGAUAACAAUAAAACUCUUAAUGAUCAAGCUGAAAAAACAUGCACACAAAACCAACAAACUAACAAUUAUUCUUAUCCAACAUAUAAUGAAAAUAAUGAAAUAAUUGAUACAAAAAAUUCAGAUAAAUUUUUAUACAUAAUAUUUAGUGAUAUAGAUAUAUUCCCUAGACAAUGUUAUUUAUUAUUUUGUUCAUACAAAUAUAUGUGCCUAAAUAUGCAUUAUGAGACUGAUACAUGCUAUAUGCACUCUGAUUUAAAUUUAAAAAAUAUACAAAAAGAAAAUAUAGGCAAAGAUACUUAUCUUUCAAAUAUUUGCCCUUGUGUCGAAGCCCAAGAAGAUUCAUCAAAUGCAGAAGACACAUGCGAGCGCAUCAUAGGAUGUACCGAACUGUACAUGUAUUUUAUGCUACCAAAAAAAGAAGAGAGAGAGAAACUUGGUUUACUAAAAAGAAAUGGAUGGAGAGAUUUAAUUCCAAAUACAUUUGAAGAAGAUAUUAAUGAAAAUAUUUCCAACCUUUUAAAAAUAAGAACAAAUAUAAUGAAUUUACCUAACCAUAUUAAUAUACAAAAUAAAAUGUAUGAAAAAGGUUAUACAUCAACAUAUAUAAACAAAUAUGAAUGGUGUGGGCUCAAAAUAAAAGAUAUACGAAAUGCAAUGAAUGAAAACUUUAAUUAUGAAUCUCCAAAAAAAAAAUAA